GAACGUGUACAUGUUAAAGAUCCCCCAGAUGUCUACCUCACAAAACUACGCACAUAUUUGGAUCCGAGGUCAACACGCAGCACAAAGCAGAUGUGUAUUAUGCAUACAAUGUAUCCACUGGCAAGAUGUGGGAGUAUCAAAAGAAAAAUGCUUGGCGAAACCAGUUCAACACAAGUGUUACGAGACUUGGAAAUAUCUUUGCGAACAAAUCACAUAGAAUGGGUUAGAGAGUUUCUCAGUGAGGAAAACCAGGGUCUGGAUAUCCUAGUUGACUAUCUAUCCUUUACUCAGGUUGUAAUGAGGAGGGAACAACUUCUUAACAGAGAAAAGAGUUCGAGUCUAGACACAGGGUUGGCUAAGGGGUCCAAUCGAAGUUUGAAACGUUCCAAUACAAUCGGUGCGUCCAGAGGUAUCACCAAAUAUUCACAGAAGUUAAAUAUGGGCGAGGCGCGGGACGAUGUCCAUGUCUGUAUUAUGUGUUUACGUGCAAUUAUGAAUCAUCAGUAUGGUUUUAAUCUAGUGAUAGCCCACACUCAUGCCAUUAACUGUAUAGCAUUAAGUUUGAACCAUAGAAGUAUGAGAACAAAAGCGUUGGUACUAGAGCUGCUGGCAGCUGUAUGUUUGGUCAGUAGUGGCCAUGAAAUUAUACUCUCCGCUUUCGAUAACUUCAAAGAAGUAUGUGCGGAGAGACAUAGAUUUGAAACUCUGAUGGAUUAUUUCAAAAACUACGAAGAAUUCCAUAUAGAUUUUAUGGUGGCAUGUAUGCAGUUUGUGAAUAUUGUGGUACACUCCGUAGAGAACAUGAAUUUUCGGGUCCAUUUACAACAUGAAUUCUCAAUUAUUGGUUUGGAUGACUAUUUAGAGAAAUUACGGCAUACAGAGAGUGAUAGGUUAUCAGUUCAAGUACAUGCGUACCUAGACAACAUGAUAGAUGUAGCAGCCUUGCUGGAAGACUCUGAAACAAAAACUGAAGCGUUAGAAAAAGCUGCUGAAUUAGAAGAUGAAGUUUCUCGGAUAAACGAGAAGUUACAAGAGGUGGAGGAAGAGAUGAUGAUGAAGACGAUAGAAUUAGAGAAACAACUAUCUGAUGCUAACACUGAAAUAGAUGAUCUUAAGGAGAAUUUACGUCAGAAUGAGGCUGAGAACACAGCGUUACGUGAAGCCAUCAAUGAGAAGGACGCGGAAUCUCAGAAACAUCUUUCCACUCUAGAUGCUAAACUACAGGAAUUAGAAAAUCUUAAGAAAAAUAUUGGCUCAGGUGUUGGCGCAGCUGGUGCAUCAGGAGCAGCCGGGGCAGUGCCCCCUCCGCCCCCACCUGCUCCAGUGAUGGCUCCCCCACCCCCUCCACCACCACCCGCACCACCAGCACCUGGUGUCGGAGCACCACCUCCUCCUCCUCCAGCCCCAGGGGCACCAGGAGCACCAAGUGCAAUGACUAUAAAGAAGAAGAUUCAGACCAAGUACCGUUUACCUGUGUUAAAUUGGACCCCACUUAAACCUCAGCAAGUUAAAGGCACAGUGUUUGCUGAUCUUGAUGAUGAAAAAUUAUACAGGGUGAUAGAUUUCAAUGGUUUUGAGGAGACGUUCAAGCUUGGCGUGUUAGGUGGACUGAAAGGUGGUGAUAGUACACCCAAGACUCUGAAGAAAAAGAAAGAGAGUAUUACCUUGUUAGAACCUAAUAGAGUCAGAAAUGUUGCUAUUACAAGAAGAAAGAUAGAGCUUAGCAACGAUGAAAUAAUGAGAGCUAUAAUAAAUAUAGAUUUGAAGGUUCUUUCCAUAGAUAUUGUUGAUAUUCUUCAAACAGUCCUACCUAAUGAACAAGAGAUUAAAGCAUUCAAGCUAUAUGAGAAGGACAGGAAACCUAUAGAUAUGUUAUCAGAUGAGGACAAGUUUAUGUGGCAGCAAAUCAAUGCGUGUAUAGCUGCCUCUAUGUCUUUAAGGAACUCACAGAAAGUCAGAAAACUUCUAGAGAUUAUUUUAGCAUUCGGAAAUUAUAUGAACAGUUCAAAGAGAGGAGCUGUAUAUGGUUUUAAACUGCAGAGUUUAGAUAUGUUAUUGGAUACUAAAACAGCAGACAAGAAACUGACCUUGAUGCAUUUCCUGGUAGAUACCGUGCAGGAAAAAUUCCCAGAGAUUCUUAACUUCGAGUCUGAACUGAGAUUUAUAGAAAAGGCUGCUUUAGUUUCGAUGGAAAACAUCACCACAGAUGUACAUGAGCUUGAGAAAGGUAUGGAGUUAACAAAGAGAGAGUACGACCUGCGGCGAUCUUCUAGAGACCAGCCGCACAUUCUCAAAGAUUUCCUCGCUAACUCCGAGGAGAAACUACGCAAAUUACUGAGUGAUGUGAAAACGGCACAAGAUUCGUAUAAAAGGGUCGUGGAAUAUUUCGGAGAAAAUCCCAGAAGUGUUUCACCUUCCACAUUCUUUGCACAAUUUGUGAGAUUUGUGAACGCAUUCAGGCAAGCAUUGUUGGACAAUGAGAAGAGAAGAAGGCAAGAGACAGCUGCCUAUGGUCACAAUGAAAUGCCAAUGGUUAAUAACAAGAAAGAUAAAAAGGUGGUUCAGGAGGCAAUGGUGACGGAGUUAAAGCAGAGGAACCGUAACAUCAAGGAGAAGAAAUUAUUAAACAAGGAUGAAGUUUAUCAUGGUGCUUUAGAGGAUAUCUUAUUAGAUUUGAAAAACGAGCCAUACAGACGUGCCGAUGCUGUACGUAGAAGCCAGAGACGGCGUGUUGAGAAUCUUGUGCCAAUGGGAAGAAGUAGUAACGACUUUUUCUGAAGCGGAUAUUCAAUAUCAUAUCUUCAUAAAACUCUUUUUAAAAAAAUAUGAAUAGAAAGUAUUCAUUAUUUUAUACGCUGCCAACUUAAAUGAAGCACUUCGGAAAAUACAUAAUCGAAGAGUGUCGGAUUGCUCGGAUAUUCGCUCUUAUUAGUUUUUAGAUAGAGAACGGAGCCUAGGACUUCAAGAUGAAUAUUCUACUAUAGUAGGAUAGAGAGAUAAAAAAGUGUAAUGAUUCACUUCACAGCAUGUACUUCACACAAACAUUUCAUGGAUAUAGAAACGGACAAAAUAUUAUUUAUUCAACCUCGUCAGCCAUAGACAAAUCAGCUGCACGCUUACAAGCAAAGCAGUUGAUAACAAAGACAAAGCAGGUGAUAACAAAGUCAAAGCAGGUGACAACAAAGACAAAGCAGGUGAUAACGGCAAAAGGGAGAGGUGAUAAUCUCUUUGUUUGCUGUUGAGGUGUGUGUGAGGCUUGUCUUGAAUUAAGGUAUAUACGAUAUGGAGUUAUUAUCUAAAAAUAGAAACUCCUCAUGCCAGUGUAAGAAUAAUGUUUAAAAAUAGUAUAGAGGGAGAGAACUCUUCAAAGAAUUGCUGAAUUUUGAGAUAAAAAUAGAAUUGAAAUGAGUUAUUUUUAGAAACCAUUGUAUUGUGUUCACUACACAAAAUGUGUAAACACUUAGGAGGGCUUGAAUAAGGGCAUUUUAAUAAUUGAUUUGUGACUUGUAUGGGAAAAAAGACUGCUUAGAAAUGAUUUAUAUUAUUUUGAAAUUAUGAAUUACAAAGUUCCUUUGGUGAGAAAUGUAAAAAAAGAAAAUGCAGAAAGUGUGAUUUGAUAUGGAGUAUAACUACAGCAGAUUUUUUAAGUAGUUUGUAUAUAAUGAAAUAAUGAAGUGCUGUGUAAAAAUUGUCAUUUCAACGUUACAUUCUUUAAAAGAAGUAUUUUUAAUUAUUUUCACAUUUUGUGAAAUUUUCAUGUCGUGUUUGGAAAAAGAAAUGAUGAAAGCAUUGACGAAAAGAUAGAUAAAAGAACUGUUUCUAUUAUUACAUCAUGGAUAUGAUUCCAAAAGUCAGCAUAUGGCAUAGUUAAUGAUGUCAUCAGGCAAAGUUUGUAAACAAAUGACUUAGUGAUGUCAUCAAGCAAAGUGUAACAUAUGACAUAGUUAAUGAUGUCAUCAGACAAAGAUUAAAUUGCGUACAAAAUAAAAAGAAACAGGGUCAAAUAUCAACAUGGUUAAACAGACUUGUCCAAGAGAUCAGAGAAAUUUAUCUACUUAUUCUAAUGGAUAUUGUUUAUAACAGUUAUUAUUAUCAAAAUUUGGUGAAAUUGAGAAUGUUAUUUGCAGUGUAUCCUGAGAGUAUUGUUUGACUUUUAUAGUAUUUUUGCAAGAAAAAAUUUGAUAAGGAAAUGAUUCAAUAUAAAUCUGGUUGUAACGUGAAACAAGCAGGAAAAGUGUGCAAUAUUUUUGUUACUUAUUCUCAACCUUUUUUUUUUCAACCAUGUUAAUCUAACUAUGCUUCUUUCCAAAUGAACUAGGUGGUGAAAUAUAGACUAUAUAAGCUACAUGCAAUGGGAUAUGAUAUUUCUCACAGACAAAACAAAAGCAUCCCACAUAAAAGAAAAAGAUAAGAUUUGUUUAUUAUUGUGUCAUUUUAAGAGAUGAGAUUUAAUUUUAGUACUUUACUGUACAAGAAAUGUACAGUCGAGUUACAAAUUUCAGUUGGUUUCUAUGGGUUUCCAUUUUAUUUUAAAAAAUGCAAGUGUCUUGGCAUGAGUUUUGGUUAUUAAAUUUCAUCCUUUAAAAUAUUUCAACUACUACAUGUAGACUGUUAAAUGUAAUUUAUUUCUGUAUUAAUUAUUACUUUUGAAUUUGUGUUCCUUUUCUACUUAGCAUUUUGUCAACUUUAUGGUUUUCAGUUGGAAAGAAGCACAUGUUGGUUGAACUGUUGGUUGAAAUGCUUACAAGAAAUACUGCUUUGCAUGUACUUAAAUGUUAUGUUUGUAGCUGUUUGUACUGUGUUGGUAAACCUGAUUCAAAGAAAUGUAGUAAUGUGGGCUUUUUUCUUUUUUUUACUGUCAUUUGUAAAGUUAAUAACUUUUAAAAAAGUUCUGUAUGUUUUCGCUGUCUUGUCAUGGGUUUUUUUUUCUUGUAUAAACAAUGGAUCACAAACGUAAGGGAUUUGUCAAAAAUGUUUUGUUUACUCUAUUAUUUUAUUUGAGUAUUGAUCAUUUUGCAAGAAACUGUAGAAUCAGUCACAUCUCUGUUUAUUAUUAGCUUAAGGAAGGUUGGUCAUUCUUCUCAGGUGCCCGCCUAUGCCUGAAAAUACACUAAGAGGCACUGUGGUGUUCCUUGGCUAGUAAAGCAGGAAAGUUGUUGUUUGACCUUUAAUAGUGUCUUUGUGGCUUUAAACUGAACAAAAAACAACCUUCCUUCGGUUUAAGUUAUUUGUCAAUCAUUAUAUUACAUUACAAAAUAAUCAUAGAAUAGUUUCAAAGGAUGUAAAGACAAUCUUGAAACAAUGCUGGGAAAACAGUUUUAUUUGUUAUUUAGGACAUGUUGAAAAUUUAAUUUUUUUUUUUUUCAUUUUUUUAAUUUCUCCACAACCUUGAUCUCUUUGAUAGUAUUUUUUUUUGUGACUAAAAUUUUGUUUUAUGUCCAUUUUUAAUCAGAAUUUACAUUAAUAAUCUGCGAAUCAUGCUCACCUACAUACUGAUUUUUACACAAGAAAUCAAAGCAAAAAUGAGAUAAUUGUUGAGCUUGUAUAAGGCAUUAUGUUCCUGAAACUGAUAAAUCAAUGCCGAAGUAAAGAUAUAAAAAUUACUGCAAAUUGUAAAUCAGUGCCGCAGUUAAGAUGUAAAAAUUACUGCAAAUCGUAAAUCAGUGCCGCAGUUUAGACGUAAAAAUCACGGCAAAUCUUAAAUUAGUGCCGCAGUCAAGAUAUAAGAAACACUGCAAACCGUAUAUCAGUGCCGUAGUCAAGAUGUAAAAAUCACUGCAAAUAAUAAUUGAUUUUUAUGUUGUGAAUAAUUUUUUACGUAUAUGAAAUUUAUGCUAAGCAUUAUGCAACUUUCUGCAAAAUACUGUUCUAUUUAUAGAUUUAAGACUGGUUUGCUCUAUUUAUAGAUUUAAGGAAACUUACUGCGUUGUAGGAGCUUUAAUAAUGUUAUAGCACUAUUGUUUAUUUGAAUUAUAAUUAUGUUUAUUUAAAUAUUAUUAUUUAUGUAUGUUACAUUUUAUAUAUUGUGGUAAAGUUUGCGAAACUUACAGAAAAACAAUAUAUGGGCCGUGUCAUGACAAAACCAACAUAAUGGGUUUGCGACCAGCAUGGAUCCAGACCAGCCUGCGCAUCCGCCCAGUCUGAUCAGGAUCCAUGCUUUUCGCUUACAAACCCUAUUACAAGUAGAGAAACUGAUAGCGAACAGCAUGGAUCCUGAUCAGACUGCGCGGAUGCGCAGGCUGGUCUGGAGUCAUGCUGGUCGCAAACCCAUUAUGUUGGUUUUGUCGUGACGCGGCUCAUAUGUUAUUAAGGGAGAAUCAUCAAUUUUGUAACUUUGAUUGUUUUCAAGAGAUUUUGUAUAUUUCUGUCAGAUGGACUAUAAUCAUACAAUUAACCUGGACUUAAUUAUCGUAAAAGUUUAUAUUUGAGAUUUAAUUACAGAAACAAAGGUAGUAGUACUGAACUAUAACGUAUAAUUAACUGCAAACACAUUAAGAGUUCACGUUCACGGUUUCUAUUAUAUUUUUUUUGCAGUUUGGAGGAAUUUAUUUUAUCGCUAAGUCAGCUCAUGAAUCAUGACAUAUUGAUAGCUAACAAACAAAAAAACUAGUUCCAGUACAGAUAUUUGUGGCAUUCGAGUCAGGUUACCUUACAGCUUGAUUUUUACAAUUUUUUUCGGGAAGAGGCAGUGAAAUUUAUAAACACUUCUGUCUUGUAUGAAUUAUGUCCGUUGUGUAUUCAGUUGUAUAGUCAGUUUGAGGGUUGACGGCAAAACAGCAGUAACCUUUUAUGAAAUAAAGAAGGUCUUACAACAGUUUUGCGUUCAACCCUCGAAAUUUAUUAAUUUACUGCUGUAUAGGUUGAUCUCAUCAGAAUCGGAGCUGAGGUUAGUUUAAUCAUAGUUUGAAGCAUACCUUUAAGGCACAUCCAACACUUGAUGAUAUAUACUCAUAGGAUUUAGAUACAGCCCACCAUCCAUUGGUCAUUCACCAUAAUUACUUAGAACAUGGGAGAGACAAUAGCAAGAUUGUAUUGAAUCUGUCCAGGUCAUCAUUUCAUUAUAUUAAUUUAGAACUAACAGGUAUACAUACAGUUUUAUGUGAUGAUGACUACUAAAAACUUUUAUUCAGAGGUCAGUGUUUCAACCAUGCAACCUUGCAAUCAAUUUAAAGACUUUCUCAGCUUUUUACCUAUAAGGUUUUUCUUUACCUUUUCCUUUGUUAUAAUAAUAAUAAUAAUCUUCUGUAUAAGAUUUUUUUCUACUUAUUUUUUUUUCUUGCAAAUUUUCAAAGCUAUAAUGUCCUCUUUAUCUCUUUCCUUGUAUUUUUUAUCUAAUCUAUAGGAGAAAUAAAAGGCUCCAGCAUUGGUCUAAAUAAAUUUGUAAGUUUUUUUUUCUAAGCAUGCAUGAUAUUAAUAGUUCAAUACAUAAUUGCUUUAUCUUUCUUACAUUCCUUGCAAAAGUUUACAUAAUUAAUGCUUAAACACAGGGUGUAAAGUUUCUUUUUUUAUUCAAAUUGUGUAUAGCAGUGUAGAUAGCAAACUGGAUUGGGGGAGAGGCAUUUGAAUUGGGCUGAGGGGAUAUAUUUGUGUGUGUAUAAGAUCUCCUGAAAAUUGUAGUGGGAAUAUGCAAGACAAUUUUUUUUCUGUAAAACAUAUUUUCUUUUUGUUUUUUGUUUUACCAAGAACAGGUUGGAAAUUUUGUUCAGGGAAUAUAUUUUGCCAUAGCUCUUUAUAUAAACAAGAAACACUGAAAAGCUCAUAAUUUAUUUUGUGUUUGAUUUCCAACGCUCAUAUGAAACAUUAGAUUGAUUUGUUAAAAGUAAGUGAUUUAAUGUGUAAAACAGAGGUUAAAAUUCUUUUAUUUUAAUCUUUUGAAGGAGUCUUUUUUUUGUUGUUAUUUUUUAGAAAUGUAGCCUUAGUUUUGUGCAGCUUACUCAAAAUCAGAAUUGUGUGCACUGGUUAGAAGUUUGACAAUCUUGUUAACCUUUUAACUUGUUCUACAUGCUCUAUAGGAUGGAUCAUAAAAACUAGCAAGCACAACACCAUUCUUAAAUUGCUUUUGCCAUUAAGAGCCUAUUGCUUCUUUUUUUGCAAGUUUGCUUCAAUGUUUUUUGGACCCUCUAGAGUUGUAAAUAGGAAAUAUUUCACUGGCCAACAUAAAAAACUGCUCUGUAUUGUGAAGUUGCUCAAAAUCUUUUGUGUUAAUUUUGAUCUUCUGCUUUCACCAAAUAAAGUAGAUUAUUUUAGACUUAGUUUUAGUGGACACCAAUAACAAAGAUUUUUUUUAACUGCUUAAUAUAGUAAACAUUAUUUUUUUAAUCUUGCCACCUGAUUGGUUAAACCCACUUAAAGCUUAACCAUUGAAAACAUUGAUUUCAUUGCUUACAGUCCGUUAUUCUUGUAAUCUGAUUGGUUCAAAUGGCAUUGAAGAUAGACCAAUAGCAAAGCAGCUAUCACUGUUGACGUGUAAAUACAGUCUAACCUUGCAUUUUGAUUGGUUGGCUUGUAUUUAAAUAAAUAAUUGACCAAUGGCAAAGGGACUUUCAAUUUAUUAUAACAAAGUGUAUUGAAGUUUGUCACAAAACAAAAUAACAUGAUAUUGUCAUAUAACUUUGAUAUUUUAAUAGUGUUUUUAAUUGAUUAAAAAGUUUAAUUUAUAUAUUGACUAUAUCAUAAUCAUCCUCAUCAUUAUUUGUAUAAAUUUACCAUGAUCAUUACAAAUGCAUGGGAAACCUGAACUGUUCAUGGGUGAAAGAGGUUCACUUUCAGAUGCCCAAUUUGCAAAGAAAAACGCAGCUUUGCCUUUAUUAAAAAAUUGUUGUUUUUCAACGAAUAUGAAAUAAUGUAGGUAAUCAGAUUUAGUUUAAACAUAUUUUAUUGCAUUAAAUACAUAUACAAUUAAUGAGUAUAUAUCAAAAUGCAAAUGGGUUGGGCAACAAUUUCUUACAACAUUAUAUUAAGCCCUUCCCAGGCAUUAGAAAUAGGAGAUCAGAUGAGUUUUCUACCCAACCUGUGGUUACUUUUAUCAAUUUAGCAAAUAUAAACUUAUUAAUAUAGUUUGGUGCUCCAGUCAAGUUAAUAUAGUAAAAGGGAAAUUUUACUCCUAAUUUUAUUUCAAAACUGGUAACGAAUUGUAAUUUAACACAGUUAUGUUAACUCUUGGGGUAGAUGGUUAUGAAAUUACAUUUUACACAUUGUCAAAGUUAAAUAGUGCUUUGUUUUAAGACAAAAAAAAAAUGGACAUAGUUUGUUUUAAUUGACAGAAACUGUUUUAGUUGCUCUUUCACCCAUGGCUAUUUUUUUUGUAUGCCAUAUCACCAGUGUAUUUUAAUGUCUUCCAUUGAUCAAUGUUGUGAAAGCGUAGACAAAAACGAUGUUUUUUGUCUUUGUUGGUGUGUAGAAAAAUGUUCAGUGUUUAUUUUAUAGGUUCAUAUUCUUCCGUCAGUUAAGACUGUAACAUGUAUUGUAUAGCAUGUUACACUCAUUGCAGAAAAAGGGGGAAGAAAUAUUGUAUGCUACAAAUUGAUACAAGAAAAAGAGAUAUUUUAAAAAAGAAAUAAAAUAAUGUGAUAACCUUA